UAUUUUCUCUGAAUGUAUGCAUUACUUGCGUAUACAUACACUUGCGUUAAUGUGCCAAAUUUCAAACCCUCGACGACAACGAGUACAACUUUGAAUAUUCAAUUCUUAAAAAGCUUAAUUAUAUAAUUAAAAAAUGAAGAUAUUUCAAAUUAAAUAGAGAAAUAUUUUUUUAUUUCAGAGGAUAGAAAUGUUUAUGAUGAACGCCAUGAUAUAUUAAACGACGAUUUCAGAAAUCGGUGUCAGAUACAAGAUGCAUCAUUAUUCGAACCUGGAGAAAAUAAUCCAGUUCCAUCCUCAAAUACGAGCGGAAGACCUCCAAACCACGACGUCACGCAGGAAGAGAUUUUGUCGUAUUUUAAAAAUAUGAGAUUUUCCGAUACUCGAUUUUUAAAUUCAGACGAACCCUAUGGUUGCCUUGAAGAGGAGGAGGCGGAAUUCUGCUUAAACAGAAUGUUUCUGUUUACACUUUUAAAUUUAAUUCGGGAAAUGCCGAAGGAUUUAUUUUAUGAAUUUCGAUGCGAGAUUGAAGAAACGAUAAGCAGAUAUAAGAAGGAAGCAUUUUUGCGACGAAAUCAACUACCUAAUGAAAGAAAUUGGCGUCAGGAAUACCCAAAGCCCAAUAAUGGAUUCACGGUUGCUUCGACGGGUCCUUCGACGUCUAGAAAAACGGAGGGACACAACGAAAAUACUUCGUCUCUACCUUAUGAAAAUAGAAGUGCCGAGAGCCAGAAUGCACGAAAAGAUAAAAGAGUGUUUAUGUACGAAGAAGGUUCAAGAAAACGCAUGUUUUCAAAUAUAAAACCGUUUCCUGGUUUUAGUAAAAACCCAACUGAUUGUUCAAGUGCAAACAGAAGACCCGAAGAUGAACUUUCUGGAGAUAUCCAACGGCCCGAAUAUUGCAAGAUUUCACAUCCAGAUUUCAGAAAUUUAGAUCGUGAAUCAGAUUCCGUUUCAAGCUGCCCGCAUUCAGAAUUUAUUACAUUGAUAUCAAAGCCGUAUACAGGAUUACCACAGGAUUUACGUUACGGACUCAUGAAAGAAUUUUCAAGACUGAUAGAUAAAUAUCAAAUGGAGAAGCAUUUGAUACGAAUGAGUAAUGCUGCGAAACGUUCCGGCGAAUAUUCAUAUCCUGGCAAUGGAUCCAGAGUUGAUUCAGAGAGAACAUCAAAAAACGUGGAAAAAAACAAGGAAAAUGAAAAUUUAUGUCCACGUUCUGAUUAUCCAUUUCCAAUUUCCUACAUGAGAUAUCCUCAUCCUUAAAAUUUAAUUUGCCUAAUUUUGUAUUUAUUUUUAUUCUUUAAUGUAUUAGUUUCUGAGUAAUUUGCACGUCAAUUUAUUGUAUUUUUUCCGAAAUGUUUGUUUUUUUAUUAUUUAGAAGUGAUUUUUAUUUUACUCUUUGUCCAUUUUUGACUUUUCGCAAUAAAGAAAGUGCAAAUAACUUGUUCUGUUCUUAUUUUUUCGGUCGUAAAUUCGAUGAAUAUUCAGUUCGGUUUAUUUAUAAAUAUAAAAUAAGAAAUAAGAGUUAAAAUAUAACAAUAUGGACAGAAAAAGGCGUUAGAAAAAGUGUAACCGUCAUCAUUAAUGUAACGUAAUGUUACUAUUUAUUAUCUUUGUGUUUUCCUUAUGUUAAUUUUAAUUGUCACAAAGGUCUUCAAACUUUGUUCGUGUUCACCCCACAAGAACCUUGCGAAGUCGAUCAUUUUCUGUAGGUUCG